AUGGUUUCGUUAGAACAACCUGCGGCCUUGGUCGAGGGCCGCCGCAUCUACCUGGGCAACCUCCUCUAUAUCGUGCGACCGGUCGAGAUCGAAGAGACGCUCAAGGGCAACGACUUUGGAGGCUUUGAGAAAAUACACAUUUCAGUCGACCCCGUGAGUAGCAGGAACCCCGGCUACUGCUUCGUCGACUUUAUCAAGCGCGCCGAUGCCGAACGAGCCCUCUCAUCCCUCAACGUCGAGAUCCGGGGUCGGCCAGUAAAGGUUGGGCCUUGCGAGCCAAAGAAACCAAGGGAGAGAGGCUGGAGAAGCGAACCAGCCCCGGCAGACCAAAGAUGGGGUAAUUGGACUGGGCAGAAGGAAGUCGGGACUAGAAAAGGCGAGUGCGCGCCUUACGGCCAGAUGAGCCACUUCGACGAGGCUUUUUCUACCGACGGAGACGGCAGACGAAUUCGCAUUGGCGGGUUGACGAAAAUGAUUGACCAACAGUACAACCAAGACGAGAUUAGGGGACUGUUGGCUGGCUUCAACCCCAAAGCUAUUGGCAAGCGAAUUACGGCGCACGAAUCAACGCGUUCAGUACCCGGGCACCAUAAUUACUGCUUCGUCGAUUUCGAGACAGCCGAAGAAGCGGCUGCGGUCAUUGAAGCACUGCAUGGCACGCCGUAUGAGGAAGGCAAGUUGACCGUCGGGGCUGCCAGGCCCAUUCCCAGAAGCCUGCAGGAGUCAUCAAGAUGGGUGAAUGACCAGGUUCCCGAGAAAAGGGACAAUGCUCGAUGGAGGGAGAGACCUGCCCGGCAAGACGACUGGUCAAGGGAGAGCCGGCCGAACCCCUCCCGGCCCCAGAAUUCGACCAGGAAUGAGGUCGAAGGAGGAUGGCCUUCCGCAUCAAGGACAUCGACCAGUGAUCAACGUCCCUCGUGGACUAAUGUCAAGAGCGAUCAGAGUCCCCAGUCGGAACAUUCGACUUGGAGAAAGUUUGGUUCUGGUGCUUCGAGCUCGCCGAGCAGUAAGCCAGACCAGCCGUCUAAAUCCCUCACUUCGAACAACUGGCGCCAGAGAGGGCCUGCUUAG